AUGAUAACGUUUGAGCAUCAAGACGACGGCUCCGACGUUGCAGAGCCCGCCCUCUCAACGAUUCAGUAUCAAGAGCAUGUGGCACCCCAAUGGCCAAUCGCCUUCGGGUGUAUGCCACGCGGAACGUACCUCGACCCGACCGAUCAAGAGCAGUUUCAUUCGCUAUUUAUCCCGGCUCGACAAUGGAGUGCUUAUGUUUCUUAUCAAAUUUUGAAGCUGCAGCGGCAGCUCAGAGACACAUUCCGAAUGGGGCCACACAACGAGAAAUGGCUGCAAGAACAUGAGAGUAUUCGCCAGCAAAUAGACCAUCUGCUCGACGGUAUGCAGCAAGCCCUUCAGCAUACUAGGAUGUUGCGAGAUGCCAUGAUGCGCCAUGAUUACCAUUCGAGACUCUUCGCUCUAAAUACACGCAUACAAGAAGUGCCUCUGCAGGCCAUGCAGGAGAACUUGGAGCUAGAUUCUCCCGUGUGGAGGCAAGAGAGAUGGCCUUUGCAGGAGAGAGGACGCCGCCCUGCAGAGUCAAGACAACCAAGUUCAACUCAAAUGUGUCAAACUCGGCAGCGACGAAAACAAUCGCCAUUACUUGUGAUAGGGCAAGACCCUGAGGGCCAUGGUGAAGGCAGCCAGAAUAAAACCCAACACCUCAGAAGACAAAAUGAUGGUUCCGAUCCCACCGAGUCAUAUGGCCAGCUCGCACUACGCAAAGUGCAGCUUCGAAGGGCUGAAUGGGAGCGAUCGCGACAGUCACACUUGAUGGAGUCAACAGGUAGUGAGCACCAGGGGAAGAAGAAGCCUAAGAAGGGCAAGUUCAAGCGAGAACGUCAAGCAGCGGAAGGAGAAGUUCGACGGCUAAGACAGGAGGAAACGGGGGACUUGAGUCAGCGGAGCGGCAGAGAAAUAGGAAACCAAGCACGAGAAUAG